AAGCCUCUCAGCAUCCGGUCCAGGCAAGACUUUUCUCGUCGUCCUUGGUUCGUACAAUGAGAGUACUCCCCAUCCCUGUGCGCGAGGACAACUACGCCUACCUCCUCAUCGACAAUACCUCCAAAAAGGCCGCCGUUGUCGAUCCCUAUUCGUUUGAUAAGGUCAAGGCUGCUGCAGAUCAGUACGGCGUACAAAUCGUAGCUGUCAUCACUACGCACCACCAUUUUGACCAUAGCGGUGGGAACGAGCAAUUCGCCAAAGCCUUCCCGGAUGUACCAAUCUAUGGUGGCAGCGACCAAGUCAAAGCUGUAACCAAGCUGGUCAAGGACAAAGAUGAGUUCACAAUCGGGGACUCCAUAACAGUCAAGUGCCUCGCGACCCCCUGCCAUACUCAAGACUCGAUCUGCUACUACGUGACGGACGCGAAAGACUCGGCGCAACGCGGUGUAUUCACGGGCGACACCCUGUUUAUCGCAGGCUGCGGUCGGUUCUUUGAGGGCACGGGCGCAGAGAUGCACGCUGCACUCUCGUAUCUCGGCACUUUGCCAGACGACACGCUCGUGUAUAAUGGCCACGAGUACACCGCGAGCAACGUCAAGUUCGCACGUUCCGUCGACCCCGCCAACAGCGCGCUUUCGGGUCUGUUCGGGCUAUUGACCGAGACCAAGAUGACCACUGGUUUGACCACUAUCAAGGACGAGAAACUGUGGAAUCCGUUCAUGAGACUCUCUAGUGAGCCAAUACGGAAGGCGACGAAGGCCACUGAGGAUGCGUCAUUGGGUGCAAUAAUGGAUGAGCUCAGAAAUCUAAAGAACAAUUUUAAGGGGUGAGUUUGAAGGCGAAUUGGUCGAACACAGAAGGAUGACAAUGUAUUUGACCAUGUUUAAUAGGAGUGUAUCAACAUAUGUAUUGAUAUUUCUUUAUGAUUUAUGAUUCGUUGUGUGACUU